CUCGGUCCUAUAUAAGCGCUCUGCCCUAGCUGGUUAAUUUUCCUCAAUAAAUAUAAAAACCUCGACUCUCAUUUUGAUCUCGCCUUAAACCCCUUCCUCCUCUGUGCGCAUCGGGAACGAAAGUCUCUCCGCUAGGGUUUAAGCUCAGAGAAGGUGGUGAAGAUGGCUUUCUUCAGUAAAGUUGGUAAUAUACUUAAGCAGACUGCGAGCAGGCAGAGUACUGUGGAAAUUUCUGCAUCCAAACCAUUCAUCUUUCAAGUGAUAAGAUGCAUGUCAUCUUCCAAACUUUUUGUUGGAGGGCUCUCUUAUGGCACAGAUCAGCAGGGCUUGACAGAAGCUUUUUCCAAAUAUGGUGAAGUUGUUGAAGCAAGAGUUAUCAGUGACCGUGAAACUGGUAGAUCCAGGGGAUUUGGGUUUAUCACCUACACCUCCAGUGAGGAAGCCUCGAGUGCGAUUCAAGCUUUGGAUGGCCAGGACCUUCAUGGUCGACGGAUAAGGGUGAACUAUGCCACUGAUAGGCAACCAAGGUUUGGUGGACAAGGUUUUGGCUAUGGUGGCAAUUAUGGCCCUCCUGGGGGAGGUUAUGAUGGUGGUAACAUGGGUUAUGGUGGAGGUGGCUUUGGUGCUGGUGGAGGAGGUUACAACAGCCCUGCUGGAGGAGACAGUUAUGGCAGUGGUGGGAGUUCUGGCGGGAACUACGGUGGAAGCAGCAAUUAUGGAGCCGGAGCUUUUGAAAGCGGGAGUGGUGGAGCCUAUGGUAGUGGUGUUGGGAACUUUGGCGUCUCCGGUGGAGGUGGUGGCAGUGACAGCUUUCCGGGUGUUGGAGAUGGUGCAAAUGAUGGGUUUGGGGUUGGUAGUGGUGCUGGAGCAGGCAACGACUUGGGAGAGGCUGCUCCUGGAGGAUUUUCACAGGACAAUUCUGUGGAAGGGAAUUUCCGGGAUGAUGAUGAGGAUGGUGACUUUGCCAAAAGGGCCUAAAUAAUAAAACCCCAAAUCCAGGUUGCCUGUAUAUGGUAACCUCUUGAUGAUCGAUGGCUUUCCAGAUACCAUAGCGUGGUCGGGGCAAUGUCCUCCUCUUCUGUCUCUCUCGAACUCUCCUUGAACUCUCGUGAACUCUCUUAUUCGUGCAGGAUUUUUUGUUCUGAUCAUGAUGCUCUUUCUUAGAUUUAUUUUGGGUCUCAUAGAGAAUGAAGCAGCUCAUCAUAAUGUGUGACUACCGGUGCGAAGUGCUUAUGAUUUUAUCUCUGCGAAGCGUUUAUGACUUCAUCUUCCCCUUUUUCUCUCUGCUUUUCGUUCUUCCGCGGUCGUCUGUAAAGACAUUCUAGAAUAUUUAUUAGUUGCUUCAAA